GAGUAUCAAAUGCAAUUCAGGUGUUUGUUUAUUUUUACACCUUCUGCAGGAAGGAAAAAAAAUGCCCAUCAUAUUCAAAAAAAGAUUUUAUCUUUCUGAUAUGCAAAAUUAAUUUAACUUUUAUAUAUGUAGUGGAUGCCAGGCCUUAAAACUUUCCAAACUGCACAGUUUGUAUGCAGUAUGCCUAAGAUAAUAAUUCACACCAACAUAAAAAACGAAGACAUUCCAGAUGACUUCGAAGAAAAGGUUGCACAAAAAGUCUCUGAAGUCGUAGGAUAUCCUAUUGAGAUUAUAUAUGUGUCUGUAACCCCUGGUGACAGGAUGAUACACAAUGGUAGCCGGGAUCCAAUAGCGUUUGUUGAUAUUGAUACGGCAAUGAAGUUCAGUGAAGAAGUAAAUCCUGGUUAUACUGCAAAAUUCCAAGAAUUCUUUACCAAGGCACUAAACAUUCCAUUAUCAAGGUUAAUUCUACAUUAUCACGACGCCAAAGUAUCAGAUUACGGUGUAUACAGAAGACCACCCGAAUAUAAACACGAACAAUAUUUCUCACAAUAAAGCUAUUUCUAUCUA